AUGAGUCAAUUUGAAAUCAUAAUACAGAGAUGUGCGAGUUCUCUGCUUCCUGUAUUAAAAAAAGUGUCUGAUGAACAUAAGGAAACAAUUCUACAAAAGCCACUAGAGGAGGCCGACUUCCCGGAAAAUGAACUGUCUCUCAAAUGGGAUUUAUUACCCACCGAUUCACGGGAGACGAACAAUGAUCCUUUGGUAGAUUUAACUUUAAAAAGAAUAAUUACUGAUUUAUUUUCCAACUUUUUGACGAAAGAUGAUGAAAUUUCCCAAACCGACAACUUGUCCUCUAAACUAACAUUGGCCGCAAGUGCACUGGAUUUUUGUUAUAAUUCUAAAAAAAAUAGGCAUAGCCCUAACUCCUGGUCAUCAACAUAUUUUGAUCUUUUCGCCACAACACUUGAUUUAUUGACCUGGCCAGCUGGUAUACUCGCCUUUUGGCCAUACGCAGAGUCUCGUUUAGAAUGGUUCAAAUCAAACACUAUAAAGGAUGACGAUAGUAAAGAAAUCACUUCAAAUAUGUCCAAUUUAAUUAGUUAUAAAGCACCAUUAUCUGAACGAUUACGUCAUUGGAAUGAGAUGUUAGAAUCAAGCGAGAUAAAUUCAUUUCUUAAUACCCCAGCACAUUUUAAGAUGAAAUAUAAAUUACAGAAGUUUUUAUCGGAAUUGUUGCCUAUCUACGAAGAGUCUAAUUUUAAUAGAUCAGCAACUAUUUCGGAAGCUCAACAUUCAGGAAGUUCUUGGAAUAGAGUCGAUACCGAAGGUAGAAGAAGAACAGCACCAGAAAUAUUUUUCGAAGAUUAUAUCUUUAUCAUAGAAAAUUUAAUAAGCUAUCCCAUUGGCUUUAUUAUUUCGCCAAUAGAACAGAGGAAAGAUAUAGAAACAGCAUUACAAUCCUUAAUUGAUGCUUUACUUGAUAAAGAGGAUUCUUUUUACAGGGAAAUGAAAUCGAACCAAAAAAAGCUUGGGACGAUUAACAACAAAUUAAACAUCAAUUAUCAGUCCAAUUUUGAAAAUACUAAAGUUCAGACUCCACGUUUCCUUACUACAUCCGAACCCAUGAUGAUAAAAAAGCAGGAAUUUUGGCAAGAAUUUAUGACAUCACAAACCGAAGCACUUCCUCAACCAACCUUAUUAGAUAUUUCGACCACUAACCCGACUUCAUUAUUUGAUCAAAUGAUGACAUAUACAAAUGAUUUCUACAGAAAACAAUUUAUCUUACAGACCUGUUUCGUGAUGUCAUUUAUUGAAAGAUUUAUAACGUCCGAAGAUAUACGAACGUUUUAUAAAACUUGCUUUCAAAAAGAUUCAACUAUGCUAAACGUCAACUUUGACAAUUUCAAGCAAAGCGAUCCGAAAUCCAAUAAGAUAUCUACAUUUUGCCAUUUUAUAUUGAAGAAGCGUAUUUUACACUUUUAUAGUACGAGAGACCCAGUGUUCACAAACCUAAUUCAAAAAUUAUUGGAUUCUGAUUCCCUUUUUCUGGAUACCAAAGUUGAUAGCUUCAAAAAUUUCCAAAAUUUUGUAUUACCUGAGGAAAGAGUGAUGGAGGUUAAAGAAUCUGAUUACUCAUUCAAAAAAUUCGGUUUUAUUAAACUAGGUAAUAAAGCAAUAAACAAUAUAUGGAAGAUCGAAACUGGUUUAAAUAAUAUCAACAGGCCUACUUCCAAUUCCGAAACCUUAUUUGACGAAUUAAGAGAAAAAUGGCAAUUGAAGUCCACGAACAAUGAGUUCGAAAAAGAACAUCAACCAAAGGAUAUGAUAGUAAAGCGCUGGCAAUUAUUGCGGUCACUACGAGGACAGUAUCUUUUUAAUUUUAAUCAAUUAAACGAGGAUGUUGGCAUUGAUGGUCUAUUUGAUGCAUCUUUAAUGCAACAAUGGACGGAAAGGAAGAAUAAUGAAAAACUAGAGGAUCUGGCACAUAAGGAGAAGAUUCAUAAUGAUAAACUCCAAGCAGCAAGGAGUUAUAUGGCAGAACGUGAAAACAAGAAAAGGGCUUCUGAAGAAGGAGCAGAAGAACCGCCUACCAAAAUUGCUAAAAUUGAGAAGGAUGGACCUCCAGUUCAAAGUUUGAUUGAAGCUACUGAAUCUGAAAUAAAUAACGGGAAGACUGCAUCCAACGCAAUCACUGCUGCUCCUAAUGUUAUUGAAAGUCCAGCAGGUCAGCUUACUGAGGAUACAACGGCAGCGGCAGAAACUAAUAACAAGCAGACUUAA